AUGAAGCGUUCUAGAAAGUCUACAAAGCCAUUGCACUUGGACAAGGAUUUUCCAAGACAGAAUGUAGUUACUCGGACAGAAACCAAUGAUGAAGUUGGUUUAAAAUCAGACUCUAUUAGUAAAUCGCUUAAUUCAACCUUUAAAGGAGUCAGAUAUAUGUUGGUGCAGCAGCUUUUGAGCAGAGGAAUGACCUUUUCCAUGAAUAUGUUUCUUAUCCGUCGUUCUCCCGUAGAAAUGAUUGGAAUAGUGGAUAAGCUUGAUCUUUUAAUGGCUACUGUGCUGUUUUUAUCAAGAGAGAGUAUUCGCAUGGCAUUGUUAAGAAACACUUCAACGGAAUCCAUUAUCCACAAGAAUCAAUCCAAGAAACUCGAUUCUGUCCAUCUCCAACAUUCAACUGACGAUGGGAUUCAAAACCAACUGGCAUUCAACAUGUCCGUUAUUCCUUUGAUUGGAGCGUCGAUGUUUGUGGGUGGUUGCAUUCUCUACGACUCUGCAAAUUGGUUUUUAUUUGGUGCGAGCAUAUCUGUAGCCAAAUAUAUGUAUUUAGUCGCUGCACUCAUCGAACUCAUUGCAGAGCCUAGUUUUAUUUUAUUACAGCGCGGUCUAUUAUAUGCUGAAAGAGUCAAAACAGAAGGUGCAGCAUUCCUACUUCAGUGUCUUACCACAAUGGUUUUAUUCCUAUUUCUGACUAGAUCAAGCAAGGAUAAUACGAUUUCGGUUGUCGAUGGAGUCUGGGCUCAUGCAUGUGCCCAGAUUGUAUUUGCAUCUGUUUUGCUUGUGGGUUACACAUCCUAUGCACACUAUACUAGACUGAUGCCUUUCAGAACCUUGCGAAUGGUCGGCAUCAAUCAGGGAUCUCCAAAGGUGUUUUUGGAUCCAUACUACGCAAAUAUUGCCAUGACUUUUUUCUUUCAAGGAGUUGUCAAGCACCUACUCACUGUUGGUGACAGACUGGUUCUUGUAGCCACAGGUGUUGGAAAUGCUAGCCAGGGCACAUACCGUCUUGUAUCUGAUUUGGGAUCACUGGUUGCCAGAAUUGUUUUUCAGCCAAUUGAAGAAGCUAGCAGAGCUUUCUUUUCAAAAAAUCUCACAAAUCCAUCAGCUGCUGAUAUUUCAAAAACACUUUGUGAAAGUUUUGAAUAUCUCCAAUCGGUCAUCCAGCUACACAUUAUAUUGGGCGGGUUUUUUGUAUUUUUGGCACCCAAUUAUACACAUAUUCUGCUUCAACUCUACAACAAGUUUGAUCCAACAACUUCGUUUGUUCUUGGUGUGUAUUGUAUCUACGUGCCAAUUAUGGGGAUCAAUGGUAUUUUAGAAGCGUUUUUUCAAGGUGUCGGCGAGGAAGCAGCUGUGCGUCGCCAAUCCUAUUACAUGCUUUGGUUUUGGGCAGUGUUUGUUUCAACAUCAUAUAUUCUGAUAUCCAUAGUACAGAUGGGCACAGUUGGAUUGAUUGUUUCCAAUGCCAUAAAUAUGAGCAUGCGUAUCAUAUUUUGUUUUGUAUUCAUUCAACAUUUUUUUCAGCUGAAUAACUCGAUCGGUGUGUUGCUGCCACUCAAAGAACGUAACAAGCUGUCUUGCACAUUUCAAGAAAUGUUGUCACCUAUCGCACUCAUUCCUGCUCGUAUGAGCGUUUGGAUUUUAUUUGGUCUAUCAUGGUUUGCUACAUAUUGGAGCAGCUUUGCGUAUUUGAUAUGGGGAAAACUGUUUGGAACACUCAUUCACGUGGCCGUUGGAGUCAUCUGUGGCAUUGCGCUGCUUGUAGCUCUGUAA